UUCACAUGACCUGGUGAAGGUCGCCGAUAAGCUGGUGGGCUCAUGCCAGCGUGACGCUUUAUAAGGGACAGCAGCAGCAGCAGCCUGUCUGUCGAUCAGCGCUGUGUUCUCACUUGGGCUCAGCGAGGAGGCGAUCGCGAUGGCUCUUCCACGUCCGCUGAUGUUCGUGCUGGUGGCGUCCGGGCUAUGUGCCCUCGUGUCUGCCGACCGUUGCCCUGAUGGUCGAUUCUGCGUAUCGCGUUGUUGCUGGAACUUAUCCCGAUACACUUGCUGCUGGGUAGGAGAAUUUCCGUCGGCUGAGAAGGGUGAAGGCCAGGGCGAGACACAGGGGGCAUUGGCCACAGUUCCAGCUCAGGCCAUCUCUGCCACAGUCUCACAGGUCACCUCCUGCGCAGGCUCCGUCUGCUCGGCCAAUGGAGAAUCUCGCUGCUGCCCCUUGUCUGAGGGCUCGUGUUGUGGUGACGGCCUGUCGUGCUGUGGAAAAGGAUCCACCUGCACCACCUUCCGAGGGCUCAACCUUUGCCUCCCCGAUGCGGAAUUUCAGGACCCUGUGGCCACCUUCCUGAGCCGUGAGCAGCAGCAGCAGCAGGACGGCUGCGUGGACAGCAGCGGCUGCCCCGCGGGGAGCGACUGCCACGGGGCGAGUGGCGACCACAGGGGGCAGUGCGUGAGCUCGGCCGCGCUCACCCCCUGGGUGGAGAAGGAGGCGGCGCUCUCAGGCCCUGUGGGAGCUCACGUUGUGUACUGCGGGAGCGGGCAGUACUGCCGGGACGGCCAGACCUGCUGUCGCCUCGCCACCGGCAGCUGGGGCUGCUGCAACAUCCCGCACGCGAUUUGCUGCUCUGACGGGAUUCACUGCUGUCCGGCUGGGCACUUCUGUCUCACGGCGUCGGGUCUCUGCGCUCGGUCCACACUGGCACUGCCCGCUGUGGAGGGUGUCUGAGAUGCGUGCCCCCCCCCCCCCCAGUGAGCCUUAGAGUGCUCGGUGCACGAAGCAAAAAAAAACACGCCGUGCGUUGCGUCACCCCUUCGAUGUGCUUAACUUAGAUGUUAUGCAUUCGGUAUGCUUUUUACUAGCUUCUUUAUUGCAGCCAUUCGCUAUUUAAACACCUUAAAUAUAUAUUUUUCGCUAUCAGCAUGAUGGAAUGAGACAGAUAAACCAUUCGGAUAUUUCCCAGAGCAGUAACAACAGUAGCAACCCUUAGGUGUUUGAGAAGAGCUCACGGAAGCAGAUGUCGCAACACUACCUCUGAAAUCUCCUAAUGUGACAUCUGGUCCACACAUCACAGGGCAGCACAAUAUUCUCACAUAUUAACGGCACAUUAUUCAAAUUAGGGGUAUUGUAUUAGCGUUUUGUAUUAUUUAAUCUUCAUUAAAUUAUAACCCCUGAAAGUUUAAUAAGAAGCAGGUGUCGCUACAAUUUCACCCACGAAGUAUAAUCAUGAUACACUGACCAGCGCUAAUAAUUCAAACAGCUGAAGCUCGCACGGUGUUUUAAAUAUCGGGAUGUGUAAAUGCACUCGUAAUACGCUUAAAAUAACAGGCUGAUGCCAACAUCCACUGAUUUAAUACUGUUCUUCAAAAGGGACAGUGUUGUAAUCGAUGCCAUUCUCUACACUGACUGUACACCUGUACUUUAAUGGACGUUGUCAUUUCUUUCUGCUAUUGUAAACAAAAUGGCUGCAAUAAACCUGUUACCAUUAUGGCA